GUUGCAGCACCCAUUAUGUGUUCACAUAAUGUAGACAGAACCAACAACUUGAACAGAUUGCAGUUGGAGAAGUUGGGAAAUGUGUUAGAGAAGACAGUAAAACACAUUGGCAAAACCGACUGGGUUUUCUGGUCUAGGCAACUUCUUAAUUCUUGCAGCUACUGUCCAGUUGAGGACAUGCUGUUCAAAGUGUCACAGUGCAAUCUGUCCUCAAGCAAUGUCACCACAAGUAUGCUGUGGAAGAAUUCACACAAUCAACUGAAGAUAGAGGGAGGACUGGAGUAUCAUCUAAAACAAAAUAUCUUCUGUGUUUUAUAG